GACUUUAUGAAACCACCCGUAUGGGAUGAAAACACCUUCAGAGAUGUUUUGAUUCCAACUGUUUGCUCCUCCAUCAGCGAGGGGGUCAACGGGAUUUUGAAGAAGCACAUUUUAUCAUCAAGUAUCAUAUGCCGUACAGUGGAUCCAGAAGACGAGAAUUUUCCAAUAUUCACGCAUGGCGAUCGUUCUUCGGCAAACUACUGGAAAGAAGUUGCUGGCAGGUUUGGUGUGUCCUACUGUAGGACGGAGGGAGAUGUGAUUGUCGAAACAGAAUUCCGUCCUUUUCGGAUUAUUCCUCACAUCGUCCCCAUUGUCGCUAUCAUUUAUUGCGACAAACAGCUGGUCAUUGUCUAUGAUGAACUGAGUCCCGAUUGGGUGGAUCUGAAUGUUGUUUUACGAUAUCAUUACGCUAACAUCGAGCAAUAUUCACAGGUUCACAACUUCGUCGUAGCAUCUGUUGCUGACGUAUACUUUCAACUGGAUCGUUUGAGAUUUUAUGUGAAGAAUCCAUUAUUUCUCUGCGACAAUGUAUUCUGGUUGCUGUGUGAUCCAUUUGCAAGUAGCCACGACGAAUAUCCUUUUGAGGAUUUCGAAUAUCAAAGUCCCACAACUUCAAACUGGGUCAAUGGAACCAUGUCGAACUACGAUUAUAUAAUGGUACUAAAUAAAGCUGCAGGUCGCAUCAGAGGAGACGUGCAUAAUCAUCCGAUAUUUCCUUGGGUUUGUGACUUCAAACAGAAAGACGGCGGAUGGCGCGAUCUCUCAAAAACGAAGUACCGCCUUACUAAAGGAGACGAUCAGUUGGGGCAAAAUUUUCAACAUCUAUCGCAUCAUAUUCCUGAAGUCUUGUCUGACAUUGGGUACAUGGUCUACAAAGCUCGAGUGGAGUCGAAAGCAAACCUUUGCAAGCAUGUUCGCAGCAAUUGGGUACCAGAGGAAUAUCCAGCAAGUAUGGUCCGAAUGUACGAAUGGACACCAGACGAGUGUAUACCCGAAUUCUAUGACGAUUCUUCAGUCUUGGGCAAGUUGAGCCAAGAGUUUGUGAUCCAAAAAUCAUUUAUCUUUGUUACAGUGUCGAAGCACCAAGACAUGCCCGAUUUGGAGCUUCCAUCAUUUGUCGCAUCCCCAGAAGAGUUCAUUAAAUGGCACAUGGAAAUGCUGGAAAGUGAUGAAGUGUCGGGACAUCUCCAUAAGUGGAUCGAUCUCAACUUUGGACACACUUUAUCUGGCGACAUGGCGAUCGACAGUCUCAAUGUGCAUAUGUGCUUUUCGGAACCCAAAACUCAUCGACUGCGGACUAACGGAGUGGUGCAAUUGUUUCAUCGUCCUCAUCCUAAACGACUUCGGGGAACAAGUGGUAAUCCUCUUGUGGAUCUAGAGAGUCGCGGUUUCGAACUGAAAGAUUUUUCUGCUGAAGUUUCUGAAAAAUCCGAUAACGAACCGAAAUCUUUGUUGGAAAUAUAUCAACGCAAAAUGAAGGAGCUAAAAUUCAAUACACCUGCUGAGGAAAUGUUCCUCUCAUUCGUGCACACUUUAUUUCGAUUUCGGGGUCACUUUCUGAGGUUCAAGCCGCUGCAAGAGUUUGCUGCAAACAACAAACGAUACAUAGAAAACUCCUUCGAUUUGCCCAGCUCUUGGUCAGAGCUCGUCAGUGAGAUCGUAGAUGGCUGCGCUGAGUUCACCAACUCCAGACGAAUCCCUUUUUACCUUCUCCAUGCUCUUGAAAUUCCUAUGGAGGUGAUCGAUUUCCACGACACCAUCUCUCACUAUUACUCAUUCCAUCUCCUCCGGAAAUCUAUUGUAGUUCAAGGCAAUGAGAUACGACUCCAAGAAGUCUUGCUGCGUGAAAUCGAUGCGCUCAAAAAUGCUAUGGAAAGUUGUGCCAUGGAGAACUCCUUGGUUCGAAUAUUCGAACGGAUGAUCGCAGACAAAGAAUCCGCUGUGCAGGCGGUAUGGGUUGUCUAA